CAGCAUGAAUGCUAAAUGCUAAAACGUAGCAUGACAAUAGCUCCAGUAAAGAAGGGUCAUAAAGUCAGUGUCAGUUACAGAACAAUAUAGAUUAAGUUUGCUAACCCUAGUCAGCAAACUGCUCGUACCAGACCAAGUGAAGCAGUAACAAUUCAACCAUGGUGCGUUUUAUUUUAUCACGAUUUCAACUUUUCAUUUGUAAAAGGAAGAAUGUGUUUUUUCUUCUCACAAACCUUACAUAAUAUCACUGCUGUUGUGAUGUGUGUUUAACUUUAUGCAUGUGCAAACUAACUCCAUUGCCGUUUUUAUGAAAUUAUAAAGUGACGUUACUGAAAACCUGCUGCAGUGUUUCCUUUGUUGCCCAUGCUGAGUUACUGACUGGGCUGUGAUUGUGAACAGUCGCUGUGGGAAAGAGGCGCCCCUCGUGUUUAGCCGCUCAACCAUCAAGCUGCACUUCAUCCUCCUGUUAGAGACAGACACGGAAUACGGGAAGCCUUCAGAAUAAAAGCUACACCUGAGUUACUUAAGACAAAAACAGACGUCUUUUCACCUUAAAUCAUUACAAACGGCAACGGUCUCUACCAGUGGCUAUUAUUUUGAAAUUAGUAGUAUCUGCUCUUCCUCGUGCCUAACUUGACACCUGAGCGACCCGUCUCCUCUGUGGUGAAGUCGUUAGGGAUACAGCGGGACGGAAGCGCAUCCCCAGCCACACAAGGCUGCAACAAAUUCACAGCUUAAGGUGGAUUUUAUUCUUCUAUCCCCUCAGGAUCAGUUCAUCACUUCCAUCGAGCUGCGGACAGGUUUCACUCCACUCACUGCUUACUUAAAUCCAACCGGACUACCCAGAUGGGGUUUACCUGGAUGAACUCACAUUUGGUCGGGCUGAGGCUUAACUAUGUGGAAACCUCUGUUUUCUACUUAAUCCUCAACACUUCUGCCUGUCCAUCCCGCAGCAGAAUGGACCUGCUGCCGGAUGUAUGGAGGCAGGACUACUGGCUUCCUCCAGGUGUGACCUGGAGUGACGUGGAACAGCUGGCCGACUCUGACCGACCACGACCCCACGACCUUCUCAUAGCUCUGCCCCUCGCGCUGGGCUUUGUCGCCCUACGCUACGUGUUUGAGAGGUUUUUUGCCCCACCCAUGGGCAGAUGUUUGGGGGUGAAGAAUAGAUUACAAGUGACUGCUGCCCCCUCCCCGCAGCUGGAGUCGUUUUACACCCAGAGGAGCAGACAACCGACACAGAGUGAAAUUGUUCGUUUGAUGUUGCUGUGUGGCAAAACCCAGAGGCAGAUUGAGACCUGGUUCAGACUUCGCAGGAACCAGGACAGGCCGUCUUUCACCAAGAAGUUUGCUGAAGCUGCUUGGAGGUUCUUUUUCUACCUCACAGCGUUCAUGGCUGGACUAGCGUGUUUGAUUGAUAGCCCAUGGUUCUGGGACCGCAGGGAAUGUUGGCAGCAAUAUCCAGUUCAGCCCAUGGAGAGAGCUCAUUACUGGUACUACAUGCUUGAGUUGGGGUUUUAUGGCUCUCUGCUCCUUCGGAUCCCUGUGGACAUCAAGAGGAAGGAUUUUAAAGAACAGGUGAUCCACCAUUUGGCCACCAUCUUCCUGCUCAGUUUCUCCUACUGUGCCAACUACAUUCGCAUCGGCACCUUGGUCAUGCUGCUUCACGACUCCUCUGACAUCCUGCUCGAGUCUGCCAAGAUGUUCAACUACGGCACUGGCUGGAGGAAGACUUGUGACACACUGUUUGUUGUGUUUGCUGUUGCCUUCCUUGUGACUCGACUGGUGAUUUUCCCCAGCAAAAUCAUCCACACCUCCCUGGUGCUGUCCAUGGAGGAGUUUGAACCUUUUGCCGGCUACUACUUUUUCAACAUCCUGCUGAUGGUGCUGCAGGCUCUUCACAUCUUCUGGGCUGGUUUAAUCAUACGCAUGGUUUACAAGUUCCUGAAAGGCAAGCUGGAAAAAGAUGAGCGCAGUGAUGAAGAGAGCGAGGUCGAGGAGGAAGAAGACGAUAAAGGAGAAGAGGAAAAUGCGGAUCGAGGAGGAGAUUAUUGUUGGAAGAGAAGUAAAGACAAAAUGAACUCCAAACUGUCGAUGCUGACCAACAGCUGUGUCCUAAAUAACCUGACCAACCACAGGGCAUCUGUAGCCGACAAGAUGCGUAAAGCUCAGUAAAGUCCUGAUGAUUGAAACAGCCACGGUUUACUUAUCGAGUGUAUGACCGCCGUGACCCUUUACCUUAUUUACUACAGUUAUGCUGAUGCCACUGUGCGUCACACUUAAUGGAGAGUGAAAUUAGGCAACGUGGUGCUACGUUUCAUCAUUAUUCUCUGUAACAUUCUGACAUAGCAGAGGAUAGUUUCGAUCUAUUUACUUCUGGGUUUUGGGCCCAGGAUGCUUCUGCUCCGCCACUCUGCUCCGCACCCCAGACAGGACUUAAACCCACAAUUCCUGGCUCUGAGGUUCAGUGCCUUACCCAUAAGGCCACUGGGACACUUUUCUGUAAACACGGAUGGUAGUCUGGGAGUGUGACGUACAAUUCUGGGAAUCAUGAAAGUGCACAGUGCCUGUUGUUUUUCUUCGUUGUAGCCUACGCUGCAGACCGUUUACACUAUUUGUCAAACAGCAAGCCAACAAAGCACAUGUUUGAAGACAAAAAAGGAGUUUCUAACUAAGAAAUAGCACAGUAGCAUGUAAGACCCAGUAUAGACAUUUGAAUGCAGGAAACACAGUCAUGCUAUUACUCUUUCUAUGUUUGUCUCUUGUGAUGAUUUAAGUCAUUGAAAUAGUUGUGUGAUACAUGUGAUACAGUAGAAUUACAAUUGUUUCAUUCACUACUCUUUUAAAUCAUACGUAGACAGUCCGUCAUUGGACAGCUAAAAUAAAUGCAAACCUUUUUAUUUCACAAGUUACAUUUCAUUAAUUGUUUUAUACUAAUUAGUAUUGAUGCUCUACCUAUUGUUCCUGAUUGUUACGCUGUAAAUAUUUAUGAUCCAUACCACUAACCUGUUUUUUGACAUUCUAUAUAUUGUAAUAUAUUUUGGAUCUGCAGCUUAUUGUUAUUUUUGUGAAGCAUUCUUUAUAUUCGUACUCUUUCCUACUUUGUACUGCAACUGCUGCACAGCAAUGGAUAAAUAAAUUCCACA